AUGCAUGCUGGGCGAAUUUCAGGCGGCCUCGACGGCGGCAUCCCGAAUUCGCUUCCCCUCAUAUUUGAGCGCAGCCAGUCGGCACUGAAACCAGUUGACUGGCAGUCAGUCGGCAGUGUAUUGAACUUGUCGUUAAUAGCAGGUCUUGAUGCUGCCAGCCAACGCGCCAAGCAAUUCAUGCUGUUCUUACCGCUUUAUCUUGCCACAUCCAUCCACGCUCUGAAUUCCAGCGUGGCCGUUCAGAACAAAUACCACACACUCCGACCAAGCCCACACCUACGACUCAAAUCCAGCGGUGUGGGCAUGCAAAGUUCGUGGCUUGUCGCGGCGUGGGUGCAGAAGUUGCAUGCAGAAGGGCCAGUCUAA